AUGACAGAGCCGGGCGUUGCGUCCAGCGACGCCACAAACAUCUGCACAAAGAUCGAACCAGACGGGGACCACUACGUGAUCAAUGGGCACAAGUGGUGGAUUUCCGGGGCCAUCAGACCUGAAUGCAAGGUGUUCGUCGUCCUGGGCCGCACGAGCUUCACUGGACCUCUUCACAAGCAGCAGAGCAUGAUCCUGGUUCCGAAGGAUGCGGAAGGUGUGAAGAUCCUCCGGCCGCUUGCAGUCUUCG